GUCGUAACGGAACGGCAGAAAAGCAGCGGCCAUCAGACAGAGAAGGGGGAGUAAACACCUGAAGUCAACACAGUGCCGAAAGUUGUUAGACUUCUGUUUAGUUGCUCACGUUGAAGUUGAAAUGUGCCACAUACCGUGACGUUGUUAUUCGUAGGUGUCUACGAAGCAAGACUGCAAUCGUCUAAGGGAAGACGGAUCGAUCUGUAUUUAUAAGGGAUAUUCUGUCCUUGGGCUUCGUUGAUUUGUUCUACGCAACUGGAGACAUGAACGGUUUCACUAAAACCAAACAUGAAUAGAGACUGUUCACAAACUGAACCAGAGACUUUUCAGAACCUCAGUUGAUUUACCAUAGCUGAGGAAAAGUGUUGCCUUCGUUGGAAACACAUGUUUUGCCCUCAUUUAACUCAUUCACGUCUGCCAUAGUGGUCCCUCUUCCAGCCACCCCGUCCCCCCUCACCUAUUUAUUUUCCCCCCAUUCUCUGAAAUGGCAACCCUAGCAGUCAAACCCACAACCUUAGACUUGCCCCAAGCCUUUGGGCAUAUCCGAUCAAGCAGUGACUCCAAUCUUCUGGAGAAAAGCCAUAGAUUUCCCAACAAGGAUUAUGAGGAAAGUCCAGAGGAGUAUUAUGGUGACAGACCGGAGACUGAGGGCUUCUCUAUUGAUCCAGACAAGAGUGAAAGUGACCAAGACACGGACUCUGAUGUCCAGGAUCUGGCAGGGGAAUUCCGUUCCCGUCUCAAUAGUAAAGGACACAAUAGCAACAGUAUUACCGAAAAACUCCACGAGGAACUUAUAAAGGCCAAAGAGGCUCUUGAGUUGAAGGAUGAACAGGUUUCUAAGCUGACCAGAGUAAGAGAAGAAAUGGAUCAGGAAAUCACAGAAUUAACAGCCAAGCUCUUUGAGGAAGCUCAUAUUAUGGUCAAUGAGUCCAAUGUCAAGAGAGCGAAAGCAGAGAAGAGAUUGAAAGAGGCCACCGGGAAGAUUGAUGUACUCCAGGCGGAAGUACAAGCUCUCAAGAUACUGGUGCUGACGUCCACACCAAGCAAGCCCAACCCUCAGUCUGCCACUAGCUCCAAGAAACGCAGCAUCCUCUCCAAGAAGCCCGCCAAAGGUAGCCUGUCGCCAAACGUGUUCAGUCACCACAGAAACCACAGUCUGCAAGGGCCCAUCUCGGUAGAGAUGACUGGGAACCAGAGUAACGGGGUACCAGCGACUUCACCGACUCCCGAGAGUCCCAAGAGAGGAGAGGCCGACCCAGUUCUCCUACGAGAGUUCCAGGCCUGGAAGGAGCAGCCCACCCUUAGCCGAGACGAACCCUUCAUCUCAAGAAUCUUCUCUGAGGAUAUCUUCCCGUGCCUCAACUUCCCAAACCAGACAAUCUCUGAAAAGUUACAGGACUGUGUUGAGAAAUUCACUCUCUUCAUCGAGCCCCUUCCUGAUAAAGGCUCACUACCAAGGCGGUGCACAUUAACCGACCAGCAGCGUGCCUGCCACUACCGCAUCAAGCUUGGAGAAUCAGAAGAAUCUGUGAAUAUCUGCACAGCGGCCAGGAACCGAAUCGCUGCAGUAUGUGAUUUCUACACCUACCUGAGAUACAUCAAGCAGGGACUAGUCAAAAGUGAUCUGCAAGAGAUUUACUGGGAGAUGAUCAGACUACGCAGGGAGAUGGCUCUGACCAAACUGGGACUUCAAUGAAGAAAUGUUCUCUGAGGAGUGUUCUGCCUGUGCUGCCCAAACCAGUGUGUAGCCCACCAAGCUAAAUCAAUCACAAGAACCAUCUCUGUCCUCACAGGUACCCAUUUGCCCCUGGUGAAGAGAAGCACUAUGAUAAGUUAUCACGCAAGCGCCAGUGGUAUAUGGAAAAAUAUAGCGCUUCUGCAUCCCAUAUGGACAUGGGAGGCAGACGCGCAAUAUUUUUUCGUAUUCCACGAGCACGCGUGUUAUGACGAAUUUAUCUUCCAGUUUUACGUGCAACGCGCAAAGUUAAAAAUUUCAGAACGUUAUUUCGCGACGAACAGCAUGCACGCACACAAAGUUUAGAACGUAAUUUUUGCACGGAGCGUGAUGCAUUGACACUCACAAUACGCACUGUGUAAUUAAAACAGAGGAAGUAUGAUAUAAAACAGAGGAAGUAGUAUAUAUAUGUUUUUAUCCCCCUAGUAGUUUGAGCAUCUGAUUGGUGGAUUAGCUCAUACUGGAAGAAAAAGUUAAGUGUCUAGCUAAAGGGAAAAGAGUGUCAUGACCGGGAAUUUAACCCCCCCACUCUGAUGUCCUUAGCCACCAGAUUCUGGUGCACUAGAUCACUCGGCCAUGACAUAACUUUGAAACAAGUUUUGAGUUGAAAUAACAAAGUGGUUGGCAUACACAGUAAUAAUAAUUGCAAUUAUUCAACCCUAAGAAAGGGCUACAAAAGACAUCUCUUUUUUUGUAAAUUUGAAGUGUAGUUAUAAUCUAGAAAAUUCAGUUUAAAAGAAGACUAAUUUAUUUUAGGAUGGAACAAGAGGAUGCACUUUUUAAACAGUAACUUGAUUGUUACUAGUAGCUGCCAUUUUAUACAAAGUGUUUAGAAAUUAUAUAUCAAAUUAAUGUUUUAUCAUCAUUUGUUUUACUUUUUUAUUUUAAAUCAUAACAACAUUUGCUGGAACAAAGACAAGUUAUGAAAAUAUUCAAUCUGAAAAAUGUUGAGGAAAUUGUGCAUGUUGACAUAUAUAUUUUCACUUAUAUCAAUGUUGUGUAAGCCCUUAAAGGCAGUGGACACUAUUGGUAAUUACUCAAAAUAAUUAUCAGCAUAAAACCUCACUUGGU